AUGGCGUCCGCUACCGACUCCCGCUAUGGGCAGAAGGAAUCCUCGGACCAGAACUUCGACUACAUGUUCAAGAUCCUGAUCAUCGGCAACAGCAGCGUGGGCAAAACCUCCUUCCUCUUCCGGUACGCCGACGACUCCUUCACACCCGCCUUCGUCAGCACCGUCGGCAUCGACUUCAAGGUCAAAACCAUCUACCGCAACGACAAGCGCAUCAAGCUGCAGAUCUGGGAGUCCUUCAACGCCUGGCAGGCCUGGUCCACCCAGAUCAAGACCUACUCGUGGGACAACGCGCAGGUCCUGCUGGUGGGCAACAAGUGUGACAUGGAGGACGAGCGCGUGGUGUCCUCGGAGAAGGGCCGCCAGCUCGCCGAGCACCUGGGCUUCGAGUUCUUCGAGGCCAGCGCCAAGGACAACAUCAACGUGAAGCAGACCUUCGAGCGCCUCGUGGACAUCAUCUGCGAGAAGAUGUCGGAGUCGCUGGACGUGGCCGACCCGGCGGUCACCGGCGCCAAGCAGGGCCCGCAGCUCACGGACCAGCAGGCGCCGCCCAACGACUGA